GUCAUGAAACCUUAGGGGAUUAAAAUUAAAAACUAGAAGCUCGGACAAUGGAAGUAUCUACAAUUACUGAAACCUUAGGGGAUUAAUGCAGAAAUUUGGCCCAUUAUGGCGGAUCUGCGAAGUUUGCAAUAACGUCUAGUUAAUAUUAAUCACACCUUGCUCACGCCACUCCCUGAAGGAGCAACGCAAAAAGAACGAGGCAUCAUAUUCAUAUUGAUAUAAGUGUAGUAGGAUCUGAGAAUUGGAGUGAGUUUGAUGGCGAGAGCAAGCUCUGGUCUGCAAUACCCAGAGCGGUUCUACGCCGCGGCCUCUUACGUUGGAUUCGACGGAUCCACCAAAUCUCUCACUUCCAAGUUCUCCAACUCCACCGCUCUUCUUCUCUACAGCCUCUAUCAGCAGGCUAGUAUAGGACCUUGUAAUGUCCCAGAACCCAGUUCAUGGAAACUUGUGGAGCAUAGCAAAUGGGCCAGCUGGAACCAGCUUGGAAACAUGUCUUCCACAGAAGCCAUGCGCCUUUUUGUUAAAAUAUUGGAGGAAGAAGAUCCUGGUUGGUAUUCAAGAGCAUCUAACUCCGUUCUAGACCCUGUUGUUGAUGUGCAAAUGAAUCACAAUUCCAAAGUUGAGCCAGUAAUUGAGAAUGCAAACACGUAUCCAGAGAUAAAAACCAUUUCCACUGAAAAUGGAAGUCAUGUUGGAACUCAGGAUAAGGAUGUUGUCAUUGAAGGCUUUGGCUCAGUUGGAGUAUAUGACCAAUGGGUUGCACCUCCAGUGUCUGGUCAACGUCCAAAAGCCAGAUAUGAGCAUGGAGCUGCAGUCGUGCAAGAUAAAUUGUACAUAUAUGGUGGAAACCACAAUGGUCGUUACCUUAAUGAUCUCCAUGUUCUAGAUUUGAGAAGUUGGACUUGGUCGAAGAUUGAAGCUGAGGUUGUUGAAUCUACUGACUCAUCCUCAAUAACAUUCCCUUGUGCUGGACAUUCCUUGAUUCCAUGGGAAAAUAAGCUCCUAUCAAUUGCUGGUCAUACAAAAGAUCCUAAUGAAAGUAUACAAGUGAAAGUGUUUGAUCUGCCAAACGCUACAUGGUCAACUCUGAAGACUUAUGGGAAACCCCCGGUCUCACGUGGCGGACAAUCAGUUACCUUUGUGGGUACAAGCUUAGUAAUUUUUGGUGGAGAAGAUGCAAAGAGAACUCUAUUGAAUGAUUUACAUAUUCUUGAUUUGGAAACCAUGACAUGGGAUGAAAUUGAUGCUGUUGGGGUGCCUCCUUCUCCAAGGUCUGAUCAUGCUGCAGCUGUUCAUGUGGAGCGAUACUUGCUUAUCUUUGGUGGGGGUUCACAUGCAACUUGCUACAAUGAUUUACAUGUUCUCGAUAUGCAAACUAUGGAAUGGUCCCGGCCAACACAGCUAGGUGAAAUACCGACACCUCGUGCUGGACAUGCUGGUGUGACAGUAGGGGAGAACUGGUUCAUUGUUGGCGGGGGUGACAAUAAGAGUGGGGUCUCAGAGACUGUUGUGUUGAAUAUGGCUACACUGACUUGGUCAGUGGUAACUUCUGUUCAAGGGCGUGUUCCUGUUGCUAGUGAGGGCUCGAGUUUGGUUGUAAGCUCUUAUGAUGGUGAAGACAUACUUGUAUCAUUUGGAGGAUACAAUGGACAUUACAAUAAUGAGGUCUAUGUCCUUAAACCAAGCCACAAAUCAAACUUGCAAUCAAAACUAAUAGAAAACCCCAUUCCAUACAGUGUUUCUGGUGCGCAUAAUGCCACAAAUGCUACCCGAGAUCUGGAGUCUGAAGCAGGCCACAAAGGGAUUAUCAAGGAACUUGUCAUGGACAGUGUUGAUUCAAUAGUAUGUAUCAUUAAAUCAAAAGGUGAUGUUAUAACAGUUCUAAAGGUCGAGAAAGAAGAUUUGGAAUCAUUGCUCUACAAAGAGAAGUUGCAAACUCUUCAACUAAAGCAAGAGCUUUCAGAAACUGAAACUCGUAACUCUGACCUUUGCAAGGAACUCCAAUCAAUACGUGGUCAGCUUGCUUCUGAGCAGUCAAGGUGUUUCAAACUUGAGGUGGAGGUUGCUGAAUUAAGUCAGAAGCUCCAGACAAUUGGGACACUACAGAAGGAACUUGAGCUCCUGCAGCGGCAAAAAGCUGCAUCCGAGCUGGCUGCCCUGAAUGCAAAGCAAAAGCAGGGUUCAGGUGGUGUAUGGGGUUGGCUUGCUGGUGCUCCUCCCCCUACCCAGAAAGAAGAUGAUGGGUGAUCGCGUGAUUAAACUAACUGGAUUACUAUGCUGCAUUUAGUUUCAUUAGCCCAUUUUUACAUCCAAUACACUUAUUUUUUUUAUUCAAUUCUUUUUUUGGUGAAGGGAAUAAAAUCUAGCUUUCUGUUUAGGAAAAACCCCCCGUAGGGGUCUUGCAAUUGCAGUAAUACAUAUUUCACAUAUUCUGUAAUUUUAUUUACUUGUUCAGGACAGUGCAUGUUGUUGUUCCCGGCUUCCCGCCAAUUUGCUGAUUUGUUUUGAAUCCACUAUUGAAUGAAAAGAUAAGUAUUCUUCUAUUUGGAAGAACUAUAUCA